AUCCCUUAUACUCUUCUUCGCAUACCCUUUUGUUCGCUCGUCUAUCUUCUUCCUUUGUUUCGUCAACAUCGGAAAUGGACUUGGCAGCAGGCGAUGCGUGUUCGGCUUUUCAGGAGUUUUAUCUGUGUGGUUGGUUUGAUGCGGCUCGCUCCGCCGAUUAGUAUGCAGCCCGGGAAGGAAGGGCAGAGAUUCGUGUUCAUGCAGCCGGCGGAGGAAGAGAUGUAUGUGGGCAUCUUGAGGUGCGAUAAAGUAUCAAGUCGGUUGGCGUAGGUGGGACGUGGUAUCCCAACCUGCCGCGAGAGGCUUCGGCUUCCGAAGACACAGCUGCGAUAAUUACCGCCGCAUCUACUACGAAGCCGGCCAAGGAAACUAAGCAAGAGAAACGAAAAGAAAUGGGAGACAUAGUCCUACACUUCCACGGCGGCGGCUACACGCUCGGCGACGACCGACCCGCCGACUGCGGCUUCGCAGCCUCCACAAUCCUCGAGCACACGCCCGCAUCCGUCACCCACGUCUUCUGCUCGCAGUACCGCCUCUCCAGCACGCCGGGCAACAGGUUCCCAGCAGCCUUCCAAGACGCGCUGGCGUCGUACCUUUAUCUCCUGCGCGGGCUCGACAUACCCGCUAACCGUGUAGUGUUGAGCGGCGACUCGGCCGGUGGACAUAUGGUCAUACAGCUCCUGCGCUAUCUGCACGAGUUUGGGCUAGAGCUGGGCGUUGAGCCCCCGAGAGCAGCCUGGUUAUGGAGUCCUUGGUGCGAUGCUGCGACCCCGAUCCGCGAUCCUACGGUCGUGUAUCGCAUACCGCAGUAUCCCACCGAUUUCUUGCCUUCUCACCAUCUCGUCGAGUGGCUUGCUGCUUUGUACACACCGCAUCCUUGUACAAAUGUAGCUGUUGACGAUCCUUAUGUGAGUCCGCUGGGGAACCCGUUCAGGCUGGUGUGUCCAGUGUGGGCGAUGAUUGGCGGGUUGGAGUUGAAUGUGGGGGAGGUGACAAAGUGGUGUGAGGAGAUGAGGGGGGUGGAGGGGGAUAGUGGGAUGGUGGAGUUAUGGGUGGAGGAGAAUGCAGUGCAUGAUGUGAUUAAGUGUGGAGGGAUUUUGGGGUUUGAGGAGAGUGUAGAGAGGGGGGUGGAGAGGGCGAGGGGGUUUACUUGGGGAGUUUAGAUGGAUGGAUUGCCACGCAUGAGGGGUUGUACUCUGAGCAAGACUUUGCGUGAGGUUGGAGGGGAGAGGGCACUUAGGCGCGGUUUUACUUAUGCCGACUGAUCUAGGACGGGAGUUUUUCUGCUCAUGCAUUGCUUUGUGGGCGGCUAUUUGAACUCUAUCUCUCCUGAUGCUGUCUUCUCUUCGACCACGCGCUCUGAAGACCUCCGUGCUUCUCGACAUGGAGCAAAUCUCACGAAAUUACG